AUGGUAGCUGCGGAUAGGAUAAGCAAUUUAUCAGAUGAUAUCCUGCACCGCAUUCUCUCUUUGAACCCUACCAAAGACACCAUUAGAACAGGAGUUCUUUCCAAAAGGUGGAUUCAUCUAUGGCCCUCUAUUCCUCUUCUCAACUUCACCAACAUCAAAUUGCCAGACAUUGAAUCCAUUAACAGCUUCAAUCACUUCUUCCACUCCGUCUUGGUUUCUCGAGACAAUGCCGGUAAUCAUUCCAUUAAUACUCUCCACCUUGACAUUGCAUAUGCUAACCUUAAUCAUGCUCAUUCUCUUAUCAUUCCAAAUCUCACCGCGUGGCUUAAUAUCGUUGUUCAACGCCAACUUAACUGUCUCGAUCUUCAUCUCAGUUUGAUCAAUGCUGCUAACCGUUUUUAUCAACGUCCCAGAUUGCCCGAUACCGUCUUUAGUUGCAAAACGUUAGUUGUUCUAAACCUGAGUUGGUUCUUUGUAGAUGGCUUUUAUUUAUCUUCUAGUGGAUUUGGAUUUGUCUCACUCAAAACCCUUCGUUUAAAAAAUAUUAAUUUUCAUGAUGAUGAAGUUUUCAUGUUGCUUCUUGCUGGUUGUCCGGUUCUUGAGGAUUUAAAGGUAUGCAAUAUAGUCUUCUUGUCGGAGAAGCAUGACCGUCCAGUUGCUGAAAGGUUAUAUUUAAGCAAGUUGAUUAGAGCAGAUAUUACUGACUGUCCGUGUAUUUUUCCGGUUAAAGCACUCUCUAAUUCGGAGUUUAUGCGAUUUCAAAUAAGGUUGGAUAUUCUUACUAUUCAUGAUGGACUUCCUGUCUUUCAUAAUUUGACUCACUUGGUGAUCAACAAUAUUUCGGAUUUGGUACUAUUGUUUAUCCGCCACUGCCAUAAUCUUCAAAAUCUUGUCAUUUAUCAGAAGACACAAACUGAGUGGGAUACAGACGUUGAAGACGAAGAAGAAAGUUGGGGGUUCCCAAAUUUCAUUCCACAAUGCUUUUCAUAUCUUCGAACUUGUACUAUUCGUGACUUUGCAUAUUUUGACCUAGAUCAUGACAUUAUGUUUGCAAGAUAUAUUCUAAAUAACACAGGAGUUUUAGAAACCAUGACAAUAUCAAUAUGGGGUGACGAGGAACAACAUGAAAUAGAAAUGGAAUUAUCCUCAUAUCCAAGGGCCUCCGCAACAUGUCAACUUCAGUUUAUUGAUAACAAAUAUGAUAUGAAGAGGUUUGAACCUUUCUUUGGGAUCAAUGCUAUUGCUAAUGUCUGCCCUGUUGAUUUCUCCAAAAUUGCUAUUGCUCUACCCUUUGAAGAAAUGCAAGCAGUUAGGUUUAUGACUGGUUUCUCUUUGUCAACUUUUGUUUCUUGCCAAUAUUGGAUGUGUACUACGUUUAAUAGUAAGAUUACUGAACUUGUUAAUGGAACUGCUUCUUGUUGGGGUAAUAUGGGUGGUAAGGUUAAUAUUGGAGUUGUUAAUGGGACUGCAACUGCUGAUUUUUAG